AGCAGCUGCGACGCCGGCGGGGCCCGGGGGCCCUCUUGAGCCCCCUCCCCACCAUGUUCCUGCUGCCCUGCUCUGCCCUCGCCCUCCUCCUCCUCACUUGCCUGGCUCUGGAGCCGGCCCCGCGCCGCCCCCCGCCCUCCAACCCCGCGUUCCGCAGCUUCCAGCGGCAGUUCCUGCUGGGAUACCUGCCGGCGCUGGCCGCCGACUGGCUGCAGGGCCCGCUGCUCUUCCAGCUGCUGCACAGCCGGGGCUUCCUGCGCAGCCAGAUCGCCGCCCUUUACUCCUGCGGCUUCGCCUCCAACGUCGCCUUCGGCCUCGUUUCCGGGGUUUUUGUGGACCGGCUGGGCCGGAAGAAGUCCUGUGUGCUGUCCUCGGGGCUGUGCUCCGUGUCCUGCCUGCUGCAGCUCUCCCACGAUUUCCUGGCCCUGGCGGCCGCCCGGGUCCUGGCAGGGCUCGGCACUUCCCUGCUCUUCUCCGCCUUUGAGUCCUGGUACCUCCAUGAGCACCUGGAGCGCCACGACUUCCCUGCCGAGUGGAUUCCUGACACCUUCUCCCGCGUGGCGCUCUGGAACAGCGGCCUGGCCGUGGCAGCUGGCCUGCUGGCCUGGCUGCUGGCCGAGGGGCUGCUGCUGGGCCCCGCGGCCCCGUUCCUGGCGGCGCUGCCCUUCCUGGCUCUCUCGGGGAUCUUCGCUGGGAAAAACUGGGAUGAGAACUACGGGAAGAGCCGGCCCUGUGGGAAGGCCUGCGGGGAAGGCCUUCGGGGCCUUGUGUCCGAGCCCCGGGCGCUGCUUCUGGGGCUGGUCCAGGCCCUGGUGGAGAGCAUCCUGCUCAUCUUUGCCUUCCUUUGGACGCCGGUCCUGGAGCCGCACGGGAUCCCGCUGGGAAUCGCCUUCUCGGCGUUCAUGGCCGCCAGCGCCGCGGGCUCGGCGCUGUUCCGACGCGGUGCCACCGGGAGGCUCCGGCUGCAGCCGCUGCGGCUCCUGCCCGGCUCCGUGCUGCUGCUGGCGCUGGCGCUCGUGCUCCUGGCCCUGCCGCUGGACGCCCCCGGCGACUUCUUCGCCGUGCUGCUGCUGCAGCUCUCCUGCGGGAUCUACUUCCCGGCCAUGGCGUUCCUGCGGCGCCGCCUGGAGGGCGGGGGUAAUGCGGCGGGAGGAGCGCGGUGGCUGCGGCUGCCCCUAGGCCUGGGGGUGGCGCUGGCACUGCCAGCGCUGCCCGGGGACCCCCCGGGGACACGGGCCGUGCUCGGGGCCGCCGCCCUGGCGGCGCUGGUGGCGUUGGGGGCAGCCGGGGGGGUCCUGGGCACCAGCCGUGGGGACGAGGGGCUGAGGGUGGGGGACGAGGGGCUGCUCGAGGGGGACACUGGGGAGUGA